UAUUAUAAGGAUGAAACCUUUGUUAAUCUUCAAGUGAAUCAGCCUGCCGUCGCCCACAGAAAAUGUAUCAUGAGAUAUCAGCGCUGACGACAAACUUAAGACAGACCUGAGCUCCUACUGCCAUCCUGUCCAGCAACAGUACGUUAAUGGUUGGAACUGCCCGCCCCAACCUACAUUACUGCCCCCGCAGACACAGCCUGAUGAUCACUGGUGCCAUGGGAGCGGUGCGAGUCAACAGAUACAGCAUCGUUUCCACAGACGACGAUGCCCUGAAGAUCUCCAGCCUGGGGCUCCACAACGGCCACAGCCCUCUGACUCAGCAGACUCUGUCUGGGGCCAUGCGAGGUGAGGAGGGCGGAGGAGGCGGAGGAGGAGGAGGAGGAGGAGGGGACUGCCCAGGAACUGAUGAAGGCAGAGGCGCUUUAUCUCUGAGGGUCACCAACGAGCCCAUCGUCCACAACAGCUGCCGCGCUUCGCCUUCGUGCCGCCUGGGCCUGGAUCUGAGCACGGGACGCCUCCGAAGCCGCUUUGUGAAGAAGAACGGCCAAUGCAACGUGGUUUUUAACAACAUGGAGGACAAGCCGCGGCGCUACCUGGCCGACAUUUUCACCACCUGUGUGGAUAUACGCUGGCGCUACCUGCUGCUGAUCUUCACCACCACCUUCCUGCUGUCAUGGCUGCUGUUCGGCCUGAUAUUCUGGGGAGUGGCGCUCGCGCACGGGGACUUUGACCUUCGCGUUCCCGUGAAGGACGGGGAUCCCCGGAGCGCCACGGAGGAGGGGAAAGACGAAUGGCGACCGUGUAUUCUCCACAUCCAGGGCUUCAUCGGGGCUUUCCUCUUCUCCAUAGAGACCCAGACCACCAUUGGAUACGGUUUCCGGUGCGUCACCGAAGAGUGUCCGAUCGCGGUGGUGACCGUGGUGGUGCAGUCCAUCGUGGGCUGCAUCAUCGACUCCUUCAUGAUCGGCACCAUCAUGGCCAAGAUGGUGCGGCCCAAGAAACGGGCACAGACCUUGCUGUUCUCUCACCAUGCUGUCAUUGCGCUGCGCGAUGGCAAGCUGUGCCUCAUGUGGCGCCUGGGGAACAUGAGGAAGAGCCACAUCGUCGAGGCUCACGUCCGUGCUCAGCUCAUUAAGCCGCACAUGACUGUGGAGGGCGAGUACCUCCCCUUAGAGCAGACUGACAUCGACGUCGGCUACGAUGACGGUUUGGACCGGCUGUUCCUGGUGUCGCCGCUGGUGGUGGUCCACGAGAUCAACAAGAACAGUCCGCUGUACAACCUGAGCCGGGCCGACCUGCAGAAGGAGGACUUUGAGAUUGUGGUCAUCCUGGAGGGGAUGGUGGAGGCCACGGCCAUGACCACUCAGGCACGCAGCUCAUACCUGGCCAAGGAGAUCCUCUGGGGGCACCGCUUUGAGCCCGUGGUGUUCGAGAAGGGCGACCGCUACCACGUGGACUAUUCCCGCUUCCAUAAGACCUACGAGGUGCCCUCCACGCCCCUCUGCAGCGCCAGGGAACUGAGUCAUAUGAGCGGCCGCGGUGGGCAGUCCUCGUCCUCGUCCUCCAGCUGCUCCCGGUCGCCGUCGCCCUUCGCCCCCAGAGCAGCCCGACGCCUGCUGGGCUCCCACUCGCCCAGCGCCUUCUGCUACGAGAACGAGGUGGCCUUGUGCUGCGGGGACGACGAGGACGAGGGGGACGCGAAGGAGGAGGUGGCGAACGUCAACGCGAGGAGCGACCGGGAGGCAAAGAUGCGAGAUGACAUUCAUUUGGGUUUCAAGGAGACGUUUGUGGAGGAGCAGACGGUGGAGAUGCUGUGCGUUCUGGACACAGAGAAUCAGCUCGGCCUUGAUAGACUACAGCCCAGCCUACCUUUGUACAUCAGCAGAGAGUCAGGGGUCUAAUCAAUGGUAAUGGCUGCCCGUCCAUUUGUUCUCUCUCUUUGUGUGCAUCCAACCAAAGUAUUGAACUUGUGUAAAAAUAAAA